GAUAAAACCCCCCUAUCAACUGUAUAAUAACAACAAUCACUCCUCCUCGUUCUCUCUACUUUCUCUCUCUACAAAGAGCCAUGGCCGCCUCUACCUCACUUACUCUAUCUCAAGCCGCUCUCUCCCGUUCCGCCGUUCCCCGCCAUGGCUCUUCCACGACUGCCACCCAACAAUCCACUUCCUUGGCCACCCUCUCAAUACCCACUUUCUCUGGACUCAAAUCCACCUCCACAUCAUCUUCACGCGCCCCCACUCGCCGUCAGGUAUCCUCCACGCGCCGCCGUGUGAUUGCCAACGCAGCCGUGGAGACCCUUGAGAAGACGGAUACCGCGCUGGUGGAUAAGUCCGUCAACACCAUCAGGUUCUUGGCGAUUGAUGCUGUGGAGAAGGCGAAUUCGGGUCACCCUGGUCUUCCCAUGGGCUGUGCUCCGAUGGGUCAUAUAUUGUACGAUGAGGUCAUGAGGUAUAACCCCAAGAACCCGUAUUGGUUCAACAGGGAUCGCUUUGUUCUCUCCGCCGGACAUGGAUGUAUGCUCCAGUAUGCUCUGUUGCACCUUGCUGGCUACGACAGCGUCCUAGAAGAGGACUUGAAGCAAUUCCGUCAAUGGGGAAGCAGAACUCCAGGCCACCCUGAAAACUUUGAAACCCCUGGUAUUGAAGUCACCACUGGUCCUCUUGGUCAAGGUAUUGCCAAUGCUGUUGGUCUUGCUCUUGCUGAGAAGCAUUUAGCUGCCCGAUACAACAAACCCGAUGCUGAGAUUGUUGACCACUACACAUACUGUAUUCUUGGAGAUGGGUGUCAAAUGGAAGGGAUUGCAAAUGAAGCAUGUUCACUUGCUGGCCAUUGGGGUCUUGGAAAGCUGAUUGCUUUCUAUGAUGACAACCACAUCUCCAUUGAUGGUGACACAGAGAUUGCCUUCACUGAGAGUGUGGAUACACGUUUUGAGGCUCUUGGGUGGCAUAUUAUCUGGGUCAAGAAUGGUAACACUGGUUAUGAUGAGAUUCGUGCUGCCAUUAAAGAAGCUAAAGCUGUCACAGAUAAACCCACUUUGAUAAAGGUGACAACAACAAUUGGUUUUGGAUCACCAAACAAGGCGAAUUCAUACAGUGUCCAUGGAGCUGCUUUGGGUGCAAAAGAAGUUGAUGCCACCAGACAAAACCUCGGAUGGCCUUAUGAGCCAUUCCAUGUACCAGAAGAAGUGAAAAAGCACUGGAGCCGCCACACCCCUGAAGGUGCUGCCCUUGAAGCCGAAUGGAACACUAAAUUUGCAGAAUAUGAAAAGAAAUACGCCGAAGAUGCUGCAGAAUUAAAGUCUAUUGCUGAAGGCGUAUUCCCCGCCGGAUGGGAAAAGGCUCUUCCGAUAUACACCCCGGAGACACCCGGCGACGCGACAAGAAACCUCUCACAAACAAUGCUAAACGCAUUAGCACCCGUCCUCCCGGGUCUCAUUGGUGGAAGUGCCGAUCUCGCAUCAUCAAACAUGACUCUAAUGAAAAUGUUUGGAGAUUUCCAAAAAAGCACCCCCGAAGAACGCAACGUCCGAUUCGGUGUGCGUGAACACGGAAUGGGAGCCAUUUGUAACGGAAUCGCCCUCCACAGCCCGGGAUUCGUCCCCUACUGUGCCACCUUCUUUGUCUUCACCGAUUACAUGAGAGGUGCAAUGAGAAUCUCCGCCCUCUCAGAAGCCGGAGUCAUCUAUGUCAUGACUCACGAUUCCAUCGGGCUAGGAGAAGACGGGCCCACCCAUCAACCCAUCGAACACUUGGCAAGUUUCCGUGCCAUGCCCAACAUCUUGAUGUUCCGCCCGGCCGACGGAAACGAGACCGCCGGAGCCUACAAGGUGGCGGUGGAGAGCCGGAAAAGACCGUCUAUCCUCGCUCUUUCCCGCCAAAAGCUGCCCAACCUGACCGGAACUUCGAUUGAAGGCGUCGCGAAAGGUGGGUACACGAUUACCGAUAAUUCCACGGGCAACAAGCCCGAUGUGAUCUUGAUCGGGACCGGGUCGGAGCUGGAGAUUGCAGCGAAAGCGGCGGAUGAACUUAGAAAGGAAGGGAAAGCGGUCCGGGUUGUUUCGUUUGUAUCAUGGGAGCUUUUUGAGGAACAGAGUGAGGAGUACAAGGAGAGUGUUCUUCCUUCUGGUGUAACGGCUCGUGUUAGCAUUGAGGCUGCAUCGACUUUUGGAUGGGCCAAGAUUGUUGGAAGCAAAGGGAAGGCGAUUGGGAUUGAUAAAUUUGGAGCAAGUGCACCGGCUCCAAAGAUCUAUAAGGAGUAUGGGAUUACUGCUGAAGCUGUCAUUGCAGCUGCUAAAGAAGUUUGUUAGGUUUUGAUGUCUUUGAUUCAUAAUGGUCUGGUCGGAUAAAUAAUAAAGGGUUGAAACUGCUUUUUUUAGUCUUUGAUGCAUUUCAUCGAACACCUAAUGUGCGAACUGAACAAAGAUGAGAAGAGAAGAGUAGAAGUUGAAUGAAUUUGUGUACCAAAAUUGAAACGUAUUUCUACAAGUUUUGUGAAUUUAUAUGUUUGAUUAUCGA